AUGGGUAGAGGAAAGAUUGAGAUUAAGAGAAUUGAGAAUGCAACGAACAGACAAGUUACUUAUUCAAAAAGAAGAUCUGGGAUUCUGAAAAAAGCUAAAGAACUUACUGUUCUUUGUGAUGCUGAAGUUUCUCUUAUCAUGUUUUCUAGUACUGGAAAAAUGACUGAAUACUUGAGUCCUUCUCUUAAUGGUAACACAAAGAGGGUGUAUGAUAGGUAUCAACAAAUUUCAGGCAGUAGUCUCUGGAAUGCUCACUAUGAGAGUUUGCAAAAUGCCUUAAACAAGCAGAAGGAGAUUAAUAGAAGGCUUCGCCGAGAAAUAAGGCAGAGGAUGGGAGAAGAUCUAGAUGAACUGACCAUCGAUGAAUUGCGCAAUCUUGAGGCAAAUUUGGAAGCUUCAGUUAAAGUAGUCCGUGACAGGAAGUACCAUGUGAUCAUUACUCAGACGGAAACUACCAGGAAGAAGCUAAGGAACCACACUGAGCAACACCAUGGUCUCCUACGUGAAUUUGAACCAAUAGAUGAGGAUCCCCGAUUUAUAUUAGCCGUAGAGGAGGAAGAUUAUGAAUCUGCAAUUGAAUUGGCGAAUGGUCAGAACAUAUUUACGUUCCGCCUGCAACCAAGCCAGCCCAAUCUUCACAAUGGAGGGGGAUAUCUUCGCCUUGCUUAG